AUGAACGAAUCAGAAGAUUUGGCUGUUUCUGUCAUAAAUGCAUGGAAAAAUUAUGGUCAUUGGUGGAAAUCAGUAACUGUUUUACAUAAUAUAAAUCUUCAUGUUCCAACAGGAAUAAUAUAUGGUUUAUUGGGUCCAUCUGGAUGUGGAAAGACAACUCUUUUACGUUGUAUUGUUGGUCGUUUAGAAUUAAAUCGAGGUGAAGUAAUUGUAUUAGGUAAAAGACCAGGUAGUCGUGGACAUGAAGUUCCUGGUCGAUCAGUUGGUUUUAUGCCACAAGAAACAGCACUUUAUAAAAAUUUUUCAAUAUCAGAAAUGCUUCAUCAUUUUGGUCGUCUUCAUAAUAUGAAUCGUAAAGAUAUUUUAUCUCGAGAAGAAUUUCUUAUUUCAUUUCUUGAUUUACCUUCUAAAUCAAAAAACGUUUCACAAUUAAGUGGUGGUCAACAGCGUCGUGUAUCAUUAGCAUGUGCUCUUCUUCAACAACCUCAAUUAUUAAUUCUUGAUGAACCAACUGUUGGAGUUGAUCCUUUACUUCGAGAAAAAAUCUGGAGUCAUCUUAUAAAUAUAUCAAAAACAAGUAAAACAACAAUAAUAAUAACAACUCAUUAUAUUGAAGAAGCAAGAAAAGCUAAUUGUGUUGGACUUAUGCGUAGUGGAAGAAUAUUAGCUGAAGAUGAACCAUCUCUUCUUUUGAAUAAAUAUAAUCAAACAAGUUUAGAAAAUGUUUUUCUUCAAUUAUGUUAUCAUGAUCAAGAUCGCUCUCAAGAACAAAUUCCAAUAAGCAAUACAGAUGGUGAUAGACAUACUGAUAUACCCAAUGAUAUUGAUGAUCGAAAUUCAUCUCCUACUUCUAUUCAUGUAUCCGUCAAUAGAAUUAAUGGAACUGAUCUUCCAUUAGAUAAUCAGAAAAGAAAAUUUGAAAAAAAUCCUCUGAGAUAUGCUAAACGAGUUGUAGCUGAUUACUUUAUAUUACCUCAUAUGCAUAAAAUUUAUGCAUUAAUGUUGAAAGAUUUAACAGUAAUUAAACGAAGUAUUGGGUUUUUGUUGUUUCAGUUUUUAAUUCCUGUUAUUCAAGUUGCACUUUUUUGUCUUUGUAUUGGUCGUGAGCCUGAACAUAUUCCAAUGGCACUUUAUAAUAGUGAAGCAAUAAAUGGAUUUCCAACAGGAAAUUUAAGUUUACAACUUUUAAAUAAAAUAAAUCCUGACCAAAUUCAUUUUACAUCAUUUAAUGAGUUUAAUAAAGCAAUGGAUGCUGUUAAACAAGGACAUUAUUGGGGUGUUGCUGCUAUUGAAUUUAAUUUUACACAAGCAAUCAAAAAUAAAUUAUUAGCAUUUCAAACAGAUCCAGCUACUUUAAAUGCAUCAUCACUUCAUCUUUAUCUUGAUAUGACUAAUCAACAAGUGUCAUUAACAAUACAAAGUAUAAUAUUAAAUAGUACAGAAUUAUUUUUAAAAGAAGUUUUAUCAAGUUAUAAAAUUGAUCCAUCAAUUGCUGAUCCUCCAGUAAUCAUUGAAAAUCCUGUAUAUGGAAGUAUUGUCCCACGGUUUUUAAAUUUUGCUGCACCAGGCAUGAUGAUAUCAAUAAUAUUCUUUUUGGCAAUUGGUUUAACAGCAUUAAUGUUUGUUGUUGAAAAAAAAGAAGGUCUUUUAGAACGUAGUUGGGUUGCUGGUGUUACAACAAUUGAAGUUAUGCUUGCUCAUAUUAUUAUUAAAUUUUUUAUUCAAUUUAUUCAAAUAAUGCUUUUACUUACUUUUGCUGAUUUUAUUUUUAAAGUUGAAAUUAAAGGUUCGAUUUUCUUAGCAAUGACAUUAAUUUUUAUACAAGGAAUUUGUGGUAUGAGUUAUGGUCUUUUAAUAUCUUCAGUAUGUGAACAAGAAAUUGAAGUUAUGGAAGUUGCACUUGGAAGUGUUUUUCCUAUAUUACUUAGUUCAGGUAUAAUAUGGCCACUUGAAGGAAUGCCAUCAAUAAUGCGUUUUCUAAGUAACUUUACUCCAUUGACGCAUUCUGUUGAGGCAAUGCGAUGUAUUGCUUCGAGAAAUUGGACAUUUGGGUAUUUUAAAGUAUGGUUUGGUUUUGCCAAUGCUGGUGCAUGGUCUUUGGGAUUUUUUGUCUUAGCUGCUAUUCUAUUUGCUCUUAGAAAAUAA